AUGUGGCUCACCCGCGUCCUCUCCUCGACAUGUUUCCUCGGCGCCAUAAUAUUCACCAUACCGCUGGCUUUCGACAUUGGCGGCCGGACAUGCGGGCUCGCCUUCUCGCUGUCUCUUAGCGCAUACUACUUUGUGUAUUCAGUCUUGCGCCUGGCAACCCCGGCCAACUCAAGGUUCAGAUGGGCGCUGGGUCAACUCUUUGCGUGGACACAGUGGUUGAUGAUCGGGACGCUGUUGAUCUGGAGCCUGAACAAGUUUUCCAUCGACGCAGACAACAGCUCGGGAUGGGUGGAGCGGACGUUUGGCGGGAAGAGAUCCGACGACACCAGUGUCUACGAAUGGAUAUUCGGCGCAGAGGGGUUGUUGCAAUCCGCAACAAUCGGCGCUUGGGAUAGUGUCCUGAGAUACAGCACGCCAGUAUUCCAGAUCCUCGAAGGCUUCUGCAGCUUGUUGGUCAUACAGGCCUCGGGCCAGGUCACGCGAUGGGUUGUGAACGGAGAGCGGGGCGACAGCUGGAUGAUCGGCCUCCUGAUUACCUCCGCCUCCAUCAUCUCAUCUUCGGUCUAUUUCCUCUGGCGAAUCACCACAUUCCCAGAGAUUAGCAACGUAGAUGCCAUUCUCAUUGGCGUGGCCAUUACCACCGCUAUAUUCUUAUGCGCAUGGGGGAUUGUCAGCGGAAAGGGCAACCCAGUGGAAUCAUCCCUACUCUUCGCCUACGUCACCCUAUGCAUCUACCAGAUCUUCACAGACUACCAGCCGGCACCGGGCUCGGUCGCUGCGGAUGCACCAUCAGACCCUGCCUUACCUCCGCUACCUCCAAUCAUAAUGGCGUCGUACACCACACUUCUCCAUGCCUUAGGCUCGCUACCAACCAUCAUGCACACCGCCUACAACCUCAUGGUCGGCGCCAUAAUGACCAUCUCUCUAUCCGUCAUCAUCUCGCUCGCCUACCGCGUCUUCGUUUUCUAUGCCGCCGCUCGCAUCAUCCCUGCGAUACGCGAGUCGGGCGCCAGGGCUCUUUCAGAAGAACCCAGUCUCGAUGAUGAAGACGACACCACCAAAAUCUUGGGAUUCCUUACUUGGUUCAGCCCAAGUAUCAUAAUAGCAGUUUACACGAGUUUACUCAUGCAGCAUUUUGCAAGCGGAAAUGGAGACGCCAAUGGAAGCGCUGUGCAAGGCGAGUGGUGGAAGAGCCAAGGCGGCGAAACAGGAGGUAAUCUCUGGCGGUGGAUCAACCUCGGAAUUACCAUGGCCAUGUAUGCCAUCGAGUUGAAGAUGAGCAAGGAAGACGACGAUGGUCGGCUCACGCAGCAUUGGAAGACAGACUGA